AUGGAAACAAAGAACAUAGAAAGCUUCUGGGUUUUUGCUCUUGCCUCCAAAUGCCAAGCCCUUUCUUCCCAAAGUACCCUCAUCCUGAUCCUCCUCUUGUGCAUGGCUUGGCUUGCCAUUUCCAUCCUCUACUGGGCACACCCAGGCGGGCCGGCGUGGGGAAGAUACCGGUGGAACAACGGAGGGCGAAAACGUAAAAUCACUCCAACCGCCAACGUCGCCGCCAUUACAAACCCUACUAUUCCGGGUCCCCGGGGAUUCCCUAUCCUCGGAAGCCUCCACCUCAUGGCUAACUUGGCUCACCGCCGGCUGGCCUCGGCGGCGGCGCAGUUCGGCUCCAAGCGGCUCAUGGCUUGCAGCCUCGGCGAGACCCGUGUCGUGAUCACGUCCGACCCCGACGUGGCGAGGGAGAUCCUCAACAGCUCGGCCUUCGCCGACCGUCCGAUCAAGGAGUCUGCCUACAGCUUGAUGUUCAACCGAGCGAUCGGGUUCGCACCCUACGGGGUUUACUGGCGAACUCUCCGGCGAAUCGCCGCGACGCAUCUGUUCUCUCCGAAGCAAAUCUCCGCCUCGGAGACGCAGAGGUUUCGGAUCGCCGACCAAAUGGUGGCCAUGAUUAAGAACAAUAUUGCAUGCGAUUAUGAUAUUCAUGAUGAUCAUGAUCGUGGGCGGUUCUGUGUGAGAGAUGUGCUUAAGCAAGCCUCGCUUCACAACAUGAUGGGGUCGGUGUUUGGACGUGAGUACGAGUUGGGAUCGUGGAAUGCUGACAGUAACGAGCUGAGUCGACUCGUCGAAGAAGGUUAUAAGUUGUUGGGAAAGCUUAAUUGGUCUGAUCAUCUUCCUUGGAUUGGCUCUCUUGACCUUCAGAGAAUCCGGUUCAGAUGCUCCCAACUGGUUCCCAAAGUGAACCGGUUCGUGAGCCGGAUUAUUCAAGAACAUAGAGCCAAUAAUAAUAAUUCCGGCGGAAAUAACCAUCAUGAUUUUGUCGAUGUUCUUCUGUCUCUUCAUGGACCUGAUAAGAUAUCUGACCACGAUAUGAUCGCAGUUCUUUGGGAGAUGAUAUUCAGAGGAACUGAUACUGUGGCGGUUUUGAUCGAGUGGAUAUUGGCAAGGAUGGUGCUUCACCCGGACAUCCAAUCAAAAGUCCACGACGAGCUUGACCGAGUCGUGGGAAGAUCACGGCCGUUGACUGAAUCAGAUAUCGCGGCAACGGUCUACCUCCCGGCUGUAGUGAAGGAGGUCCUGAGGCUUCACCCCCCGGGCCCCCUUCUCUCGUGGGCCCGCUUGGCAAUCAUAGACACUGUCGUUGACUGUUAUCACGUGCCCGCAGGGACCACAGCCAUGGUCAACAUGUGGGCCAUCACGCGGGACCCACAUGUGUGGCCGGACCCACUGGAGUUCAAGCCAGAGAGAUUCGUCUCACGCCGAGAAUCUGACGUGGAGUUUUCGGUCAUGGGGUCCGACCUGAGGCUCGCGCCUUUCGGGUCGGGUCGGAGGGCUUGUCCCGGGAAGGCAUUGGGGUUGGCAACCGUGACUUUCUGGGUGGGGACUUUGCUCCACGAGUUCGAGUGGGUCGGGUCGGCCCGCAACCCGGUGGACCUAUCUGAGGUGCUGAGGCUUUCUUGCGAAAUGGCUAAUCCUCUCGCUGUGAAAGUGCGUCCUAGGCGGAGAACCUGCACCAUAUGA